AUAACAAGAAAUCUGACCACAAGCAAAAUUACAAACUAGUUGAUUAUUUCGUGUUCGUAAUUGAUUAUUUAUUAGUAUUCUAUGUUCCUGAUAAAGUGAGAAAGUGACAUGUACUGUGGUAAAUAAUCUCAUUUGAAUGAAUUUUCGCUGAACGUUCUUGGAAUAGAAAUAUUUUAUCAGAUCAAUAAUCUUAUCUUUUAACAUUUGUGCCUUAUCACUUAUAGGUUCACUAAGUUGGAAAAUGGAAAGCUGGGAAGAUUUACGAAAGCAAGCUCGAAAGCUUGAAAAUGAGAUUGACCUUAAGCUGGUCUCCUUCAGCAAAAUAGGGACUGGACCAUCCAAUGUUUACAAGCCUGACAGUGACACUGAACCACUACUUUUCAAUGAACAUAAAUUUGAGACUGUCUCCCUUGAAAUAGAACAACUUCUUUCAGUGUUAUCAUCCGUUAAUGAAAAGAUGGCUGAAGUGAGCAGUAAUGGAGACAUGCCUGCAUCCCCUGCAAUGCUUCAUACUCUGCAGCGACACAAAGAAAUUCUCCAAGAUUACACUCAAGAGUUCCGUAAAACACAUGCAAAUAUUUGUGCCCGCCGUGAAAGAGAGGAUUUACUGCACAGUGUGCGCAAAGAUAUAGACUCUUUCAAAUCUUCAUCUGGAUUAAAUCGAAGAAUGGACCUGUACUUAAAAGAAAAUGAACAUAUCAGAAAUUCAGAUCGACUGGUCAGUGAUCAGAUAAAUAUUGCAAUGGACACGAGAGAGCAUCUGACAUCACAGCGCCUACAUUUCAAAAGAUUGCAAACAAGGAUUCAUGAUCUAGGCACCAGAUUUCCCUUGAUGAACACUCUCGUUCAAAAAAUCAACCUCCGCAAACGCAGAGACUCAUUGAUCAUUGGUCUUCUGAUUUCUGGCUGUACCUUUUUACUUCUAUUAUACACUUUUCAUUGACUCACAUAUUAUGGUAGUGUUCCUGAAGAACAAUAAUAACUCCCAAUGUAAUGCGCGGGAGCCAGGAGCAGCAAAUUCAGGGUUGCCACAGUCAGGGAAUACCAGGAAAACUGGAAAACGUCUAGGAAUUUUCUAAAGUCAGACAAAAUCUGAAAAUGUCAGGGAAAAUGAAGAAAGUGUCAGGAAAAACUUUGGCCAUGCUUAUUUGCUCUCUAGAGGUUUGAUGUUUUGCACAACAAAUUUUGCCCACAAACUUUCAAAUGAUGUCUUUUUAACCUAGUUAUAUCUUCAAUUGAAAGGGAAUUCCAUCAAACUGUGUUUCGGAGAUUCAUUUCCUAAGUUUUGUGGCAACCCUGAAAUUUUGGGAUGCAAAAAGGUUCAGGUACUACAAGUGACUUCUAGAGAGUAUGCUUUUGUGCCAGUAUUUUUAUACAAUGCAGAAGGUGGAUAGAGGCGGAAAAUACCAGUGUGUCAAACCAGUUUGCAGGUAGUUUUCUGGUUUUACCAUUAUUAAGUAAAGAAACUGUGGAAAUAUCUUAUGGCAUGCAUUUGUAAAAUUUACUAAGGGUCGACCAAAAAACCGAUGUCACCCCAAAAUUAUAUCCCAGAAGUACUUAUAAAUUGCACUAGGUACCAGAAUAAAUUAUACUGUAGGAAUAGAAGAGAUGUUAAUGGAGAAGAAUCCUUAGGCUUCUCAGAGGAAUGUUGGUACCGUGCUCAGUUUUGUUUGGCCCAUAGCUUCUUAAACAACAUGAUGACACAGCUUCUUGUGUUGAUGCAGCAACAGCUCCAGCAUUCGAGACUUGGACAUUUUGUUUAGUCGAUACUACUGUAUUCCAAUAAUUGAGGAAAUAUAGAAAAGAUUGGAUGUUAUUCUCUCCAUUUUUUCGUACCGCUGAGAAUGUAAAGAAUUGGAUAACUUACAAAGUUUACCAAUUUUCAAAUGAAAAAAAUUAGAUAGCUUACGAAUUUUACCGAUUCUUAAAUGAAAAAAAUUGGAGAACUUACAAAUUUGACCAAUUUUUGAAUGAAAAUAAUUGGAUAACUCACAAAUUUUACCAAUUUUUUUCUAGGCUAAAACAAUAACCUAUAAUAUUGAAAGUUAUUCUACAGGAACUAGAUUUUCAGACAAAUUUUGUCUCAAUUCCAUUUAAUACUGUGAAAGGUAUGAAAUAAAAGUUAAGAAUAUUUGAAGAAAGCCCACAAAAGGGGUUUUGGAGGGUCUGGGGGCUUGAUUUUAAGAUGCCUUAGAUGAGCUAUGGUUGUUAAAAUGAGAAUCUGCUCACAAGAUCAUUUUGGCAUACUUAUUUCAAGGUAUCCUUUGAAAACUAAUUAUUAAAAAUUGUAAAAUGAGUAUUGAAAAAAUAUGAAGUUGAAUCCAUCAGCAGAAUUCUAAUUGUAAGACUUAGGGAUCCGUAAGCUCGUGAUACAACUUCCAAAGUAUUUGACACUUCAAGGGAAUUACAUAGAAAAGUAAAUUUUAAGGGAAAAACAAAUUUUUUAUUUUUAUGUCGAAAUCCGCGUUGCUUUUUAUUUUUUUUUUUAUUACAGUUGAUGCGCGUGGUGCCUGAGGUGACGGAAAACGCAUUGACAGUGGUAUGGAAAAAUUUAUCCAUUAAGUGAUCUUUUGCUUCAGACAAGACUCAAUAAACAAUAUCUCAAAGUAAAGCUGAUGGUAUCACAAAUUCAACGGUUUAAUUGAGUUUUGUCUAGCAUUGAUUGUUACUGAGAGAAAGCAAAAUGCGCCAGACUCUCCAGAAGACCCUUGCAUUUAAUUUUACAUCAGGCUCUAUUAUUUUUCUGUGACUUGAUCUAUUGUUCCUCUAAAUUUUCAUAACAUUUCGUCUUCAGAUGUUAAGGUGUCCUUUUAUUUUAAUUGUAAAUAAUGUUAUUUUUCAUAUCGCUGAAUUUAAUAUAAACUGUUUUACCAACUGUU